GACAUACACGUGGUAGAAACCUCUUUUUUUAAUAAAAAUAAGACAAAAAUGGAAAUUUUGCUGAAAGUUCCAAGUCAACUUGCCCGACAUGAAUUACCGUUUUAACCCUUCUCAUUUUCCUCCCCCCGCCACAACAAAACCCCGCGCCACCUGCUCUCCCCUCUUCAUUACUUCACUUCUUCUUCAUAGAUCCUUUACAGUCUUCUUCAUUAAUAUUAUUAUUUGUUUCGAUUCAAGUUCCAUCCGAACAUGUGUGGCGGUGCUAUUGUCGCCGAUUUUAUUCGUCGUAUUCGUAGCCGGAGAAGCACCGCCGUUGAGCACUGGCCCGAUUCCACUUCUGCCAAUUCCGACUGUAAUGACUCGGAUAAGAAACUGAAUCGACCGGAACCAACUCGCCACGAACCCGUCUCCCUCAAGAGGACUCUGCCGACAUCAGAUGAUGAGAAGCAGAUGGAGAGGACGGCGAAGAGGCAGAAGAAGAAUCUUUACAGAGGGAUCAGGCAACGACCGUGGGGAAAAUGGGCUGCGGAAAUUCGUGACCCGACGAAAGGAGUCCGUGGUAGGUUGGGUCCCUUCAACACAGCCGAGGAAGCAGCCCGAGCCUACGACAGAGAGGCCCGCAAGAGCCGCGGCAAGAAGUCGAAAGUCAAUUUCCCCAGUGAAGACGAUGAGUUCAUCGUACCAACCCAAACAAAACACUACAACCACAACCCACUCGCUAUCUCGACUCCUGCUCCUCCUCUGUAUCAGACUCAAAACCGAAGAGCUAAUUUUAACAGCGUUGGUUUCGGGUUCGGGUACGACCGGAACCAGGUCGCUUGUAAUUCAACCGGAUUCAGUGAGAAUCACGCAGCUAAUGCGACGACCCAUGAAGCGGUCAUUUCUUGUUGCGAGCAAAACUCGGGUAUUGGGUCCGGUUCCGGGUCCAGAUCGGAUUGUGGUUACUCUUCUUCACCGGAAUUCACCGGCCGCAACCAGAACUGCAACAACAAUUGCGGAGUGAGGGUGAAGGAAGAAGAGCAGAAGGCGGAAGCAGAGGAGGAAGAAAACGAGGUGCAGAAAUUGUCAGAGGAGCUAAUGGCUACGAGAACUAGAUGAAAUUCCGUAUCCUUCGACGACGCCCCUGCAGCUUCAAGUGCCGUGCAAGGGCGUCGUUUUCCGUCUGCUUUCAGUUCUUCCUUUCCGUUUCUUCAAUUCUGAAAUUGUGGACUGUGUUGUCGGAUGUUGUGACUGUAAAUUUAAUGCGUAGUGUAUGUGUAUACAUACAUUUGUACUUUAGAUUUUUUUGAAAAGAAAAAUGAAUUUUGUGUUAUGUGUUUAUAGGAAAAAGCAAUUAGAUAAAAAAAAAGUAAAUGAAUCUCUGAAAGAAAGUCAUUUGGAUGUUGGAGGGAUUUAGGUUGACGCGAAAAGAAGGAGACGAAAUACCAACUGCGGUGCUGACGGCUUGACUUUCUGGUAUACUUUGUCUCUCUCGGCAGCGUGAUGCCAGCAUGUUGUAAUAGUAUGUGUUUUA